CCAUGUUGGGGCUGCGGGAGAAGGCGAUGCUGCUGCUGCCGCUGCCGCCACCGCGGAGCAGCCAGGCAGGCAGCCGCCGUCGCUUCUAGAUAGAUGGUGGUGGCGGCGCAGGCGGAGAAGGGGGCAGAGCCAGAGGCGAGGCGGAGCCGGGGGAGCGCCAGGCCCGAGCAGCCGGGCAGGGAGGCGGGGAAGGGGCCGAAGGACCAUGGCUGAGCCGCUGCAAGAACAGCAACCGGGACCAAGAUACCGCCGUCCUCGCCAGUGCCGCUGCCUAGGGCUGCUGCUGCUUCUCCCUUUGUUUCCGCUCAGCCUGGGGGAGCCGACGGACAGAGGGGGUUUGGGCUGCGCCCGUCGGCCUAAGCCGGAGGGGCCGAGCUGCGGGCUGCAGUGCUUCGCUUUCAUUGGGGGAGUGUGGGGAGCUUCCCCCGACGCCCGUGGCCAAGGGGGAGGCUGGUGCGGCACUGGCCCCCUCUUGCACCCCCUGGCGAGGCAGGUGCCAGAGGCCAGCAGUUCCUCACGUGCUGAAUCCGUGACCACGCCGUGGGACCAGAAGAGGACUCCCUGCCCAGCAAGCGCCCGGGGGGAGCGGGGCAGCGGCUCCCCCUGCUUGUGGAUUAUAAACGCUUCCGCACUUCCUCUGGAUCCUCCGAGCCUGGUGGAGAAAUGUCAGAGCCCUGCCUGCUACUGCUGCUGGACUAACUGGGAAUGCAUCGCCAGGCUAGCGAUGUGCGGGGCGGACACGGAGCAGCCAGGCACCUUCUCCCGUCGCCGUAAGCCCAGCCCUGGGACAGAUGCGAACGGCUCGGACAAUGGGGCGUGGUACGAAAAGAGCCAGGCAGCCCCAUCCCGAAGCCGCCUGUGCGCAUCCCCUCUAAACACACCUGGAGCCCGGUCCCGGGGCGUGCGCCUCUGUGCCAAGCAAUUUCUCAGCGUGUGGAACUGCAGCCGCCCCUGUCCGCUGGCGAUCUGCGAGUGCGAGAAAGCGUGGAGCGGAGCCGGGAGCCCAGUAAAGCCUUUUUGGUUCCCGAGGAUGCAACUCGCCUCCUUUUCCCGGCCCCGUGCCCACUCGCCCCUCUGCGGGUGGAUCACCCUGUUGACCUGCCUUCAGCUCUGCAUGGAGCAACCAAUGCACUCGGGAGCUUCCCGCUGCUGCGCCGGUGAGUGCUGUGGGGCCGGCCAAGAGCACUGCUGUCUCCAGACCUGGGGAAGGAAAGGCUGGGUAGAAGCUGCUUCAGCACCACCAGCGUCUGGGACAGCUCCCAGCGUAGAGGUAGGAAGCCACGCAGACGUAGAACGGAGAAAGCACUACCCUUGCCUUUUCCUUCAUCCCUUUGAAUCCACCAAAGGCUGUUUACAAACUCUUUGUUUUGGCGUGGAUUUUAGAAGCCCGUCAAUCCCGAAAUUCUUUUCUUUCCUGCCAUUAAAACCCGCUUGUCCAACUAUGCAGAAUGAGCUAACACAUUCCCCAUGUGCCAGGAGGAGGAGGAGGAGGAGGAGGAGGAGAGAAGGGAAACCUCUAUCCUUGGUGAGGACUCGCAGGGCAGCCAAUCGUCACCCCCUCUUCCCUCAGUAUAAUUACCAAGUUCAAGUGGCUGAAAACCAGCCUCCAGGGACCCCUGUGAUAACAAUGGCAGCACAAGACCCUGAUUCUGGGGAAGCUGGGCGCUUAUUCUACUCCAUGGAUGCCCUGAUGAACAGCAGGUCUCUAGAGUUGUUUAGCAUUGACUCCCAAAACGGCCUCAUCACCACCACUGAAGUUUUAGACAGGGAGAAUAUGGACCUUCACUAUUUCCGGGUGACUGCUGUGGAUCAUGGGGUUCCCCGUCUUUCUGCCACCACCAUGGUUGCUGUCACAGUGGCAGACAGAAAUGACCAUAACCCAGUAUUUGAGCAGAGUGAGUACAGAGAGACGAUCAGAGAAAAUGUAGAAGAAGGCUAUCCUAUCUUACAGCUGAGGGCCACGGAUGUGGACUCCCCAUCCAAUGCCAACAUCAGAUAUCGGUUUGUAAAUGAACAAGCAGCCCACUCAGUCUUUGAAAUAGAUUCACGAUCAGGGCUGAUCACUACCAGUGGGCAAGUGGACAGGGAGAAGAUGGAGAAAUAUUCCUUGGUGGUCGAGGCAAAUGAUCAAGGUAAGGAGCCUGGUCCUCGAUCGGCCACUGUUAGGGUCUACAUUACAGUCCUCGAUGAGAAUGACAAUGUCCCACAGUUCAGUGAGAAACGCUACAUCGUCCAGGUAAGAGAGGAUAUAAGACCCCAUUCAGAGAUUUUGAGAGUUACUGCCACUGACUUAGACAAAGACAAUAAUGCUUUAGUUCAUUACAACAUCAUCAGUGGGAACAGCAGGGGCCAGUUUUCUAUUGACAGUGUCACUGGGGAAAUACAGGUGGUGGCGCCUUUGGAUUUUGAAGCUGAGAGGGAGUAUGCCCUGAGGAUCCGUGCCCAGGAUGCAGGGAGACCUCCCCUGUCCAACAACACAGGUAUGAUCAGCAUACAGGUCGUGGACAUUAAUGACCAUGCUCCCAUCUUUGUCAGCACCCCUUUUCAGAUCUCUGUCCUGGAAAACGCCCCUUUUGGCCACUCAGUGAUCCACAUCCAGGCCGUGGAUGCAGAUUACGGAGAGAACUCUCGCUUGGAGUACAAGCUUACUGGGGUCUCAUCUGACACCCCCUUUGUAGUGAACAGUGCCACUGGCUGGAUUACUGUGAGUGGCCCUUUGGAUCGAGAAACUGUGGAGCAUUAUUUCUUUGGGGUAGAGGCCCGGGACCACGGCUCGCCAUCUUUAUCUGCUUCUGCUAGUGUCACCAUCACUGUAAUGGAUGUCAAUGACAAUCGGCCUGAAUUCACCCAGAAAGAGUAUUUCAUCCGUCUCAAUGAAGAUGCUACUGUGGGGACCAGUGUUCUCAGUGUCACGGCCAUUGACAGGGAUGUGAAUAGUGCCAUCAGCUACCAGAUCACAGGGGGGAACACACGCAACCGUUUUGCCAUCAGUACUCAGGGUGGAGUGGGACUAAUCACCCUCUCUUUGCCCUUGGAUUACAAGCAGGAGAGGCGCUAUGUGCUAACAGUGACCGCCUCUGACCGGACUCUGCAUGACAAUUGCCAUGUUCAUAUUAACAUAACAGAUGCCAACACCCACAGGCCAGUGUUCCAAAGUGCCCAUUAUUCAGUCAGUGUGAAUGAGGACCGUCCUGUAGGCAGCACUGUGGUAGUGAUCAGUGCCACUGACGAUGAUGUGGGGGAAAAUGCCAGGAUUACCUACUACUUGGAGGACAAUAUUCCUCAGUUUCGCAUUGAUGCAGAUACUGGGGCCAUCACACUGCAGGCAGAGCUGGAUUAUGAGGACCAGGUCACUUACACGCUAGCCAUAACAGCCAAAGAUAAUGGGAUCCCUCAGAAAGCAGACACAACCUACGUGGAAAUCAUGGUGGAUGAUGUGAAUGAUAAUGCCCCCCAGUUUGUAAGUGCUCACUACCAAGGUAUAAUCUCUGAGGACAGCCCCCCCUUCACCAGUGUGCUCCAGAUCUCUGCCACCGACCGAGAUGCCCAUGCCAACGGGCGGGUGCAGUACACCUUCCAGAAUGGGGAGGAUGGAGAUGGGGAUUUCACUAUAGAACCCACCUCUGGGAUUAUUCGCACUGUUCGCAGGCUGGACCGCGAGAGCAUCCCCGUCUACGAGCUCACUGCUUAUGCUGUGGAUAGAGGGGUCCCUCCUCAAAGAACCCCUGUCCAUAUUCAAGUCACUGUGCAGGAUGUUAAUGACAAUGCUCCUGUCUUUCCAGCUGAGGAGUUUGAAAUCUUAGUGAAAGAGAACAGCAUUGUGGGCUCUGUGGUGGCCCAAAUCACAGCCAUUGAUCCUGAUGAAGGACCCAAUGCCCAGAUCAUGUAUCAGAUUGUGGAAGGCAACAUCCCUGAAAUUUUCCAGAUGGACAUCUUUUCGGGGGAGCUCACUGCCCUGAUUGACCUGGACUAUGAGAGCAAGGCAGAGUAUGUCAUUGUAGUCCAGGCCACGUCUGCCCCCCUUGUCAGCAGAGCCACAGUCCACAUCAAACUCAUUGACCAGAAUGAUAACAGCCCUGUUCUUAAAAACUUCCAGAUCCUCUUUAACAACUAUGUCUCCAACAAAUCCAAUACCUUCCCUUCUGGGAUCAUAGGGAAGAUCCCUGCUUAUGACCCAGACGUGUCUGACAGACUGUUCUACACCUUUGAGCGGGGAAAUGAGCUGCACUUGUUGAUUGUCAAUCAGACUAGUGGGGAACUGCGGCUGAGUCGUAAACUGGACAACAACCGUCCCUUGGUGGCCUCCAUGCUGGUGACUGUCACAGAUGGGAUCCACAGCGUGACUGCCCAGUGUGUCCUGCGAGUCAUUGUAAUCACUGAGGACAUGUUAGCUAACAGCAUCACAGUGCGCCUGGAGAACAUGUGGCAGGAGCGCUUCCUCUCCCCUCUUCUCGCCAGCUUUCUAGAGGGUGUGGCCACAGUGCUGGCCACACCCAAGGAGGAUGUCUUCAUCUUCAACAUUCAGAACGACACUGAUGUUGGCGGUCAAGUGCUUAAUGUCAGUUUUUCAGCCAUGGCGCCCCGUAGUGGCCACUUCUUCAGCUCAGAGGAGCUUCAGGAGCAGCUGUACAUGAAACGCAUGACCCUGACCUCUGUUUCCAUGCUGGAGGUGCUGCCCUUUGACGACAACGUUUGCCUCCGCGAGCCCUGCCAGAACUACAUGAAGUGCAUCUCAGUGCUCAAGUUUGACAGCUCAGCUCCCUUCAUUGCCUCCCCCUCCACCCUCUUCCGACCCAUCCACCCCAUCACAGGCCUGCGCUGCCGCUGCCCCCAGGGCUUCACUGGGGACUACUGUGAGAUGGAGAUCAACCUCUGCUACUCCAACCCAUGCCGUAAUGGAGGCGUCUGCACCCGCAAGGAGGGGGGCUACACCUGCAUCUGCCACCAGCACUUCACAGGUGACAAUUGUGAGGUGGACAGUCAGGCAGGGCGCUGUGUCCCUGGGGUAUGUCGGAAUGGAGGCACCUGUACCAACUCUGCUGAUGGUGGCUUCCAGUGCCAGUGCCCACCAGGAGGCUUUGAAAAGCCCUACUGUGAAGUAUCUACACGCUCCUUCCCCCCCAAAUCUUUUGUCAUGUUCCGGGGACUGCGCCAGAGAUUCCACCUCACCCUCUCCCUCUCAUUUGCCACCUUAGAGCACAGCGGCCUCCUAAUUUACAAUGGGCGCCUGAAUGAGAAGCACGACUUCUUGGCUGUGGAGAUUGUGGAUGGGCAAGUCCAGCUGAAGUACUCUACAGGUGAAUCGAGCACCGUGGUCACUCCCUAUGUGCCAGGAGGUGUGUGUGAUGGGCAGUGGCAUACAGUGCAGCUUCACUAUUACAACAAGCCCAAGAUCAGCUCCAUGGGUUCAGUGCAGGGACCUUCCAAAGACAAGGUGGCUAUCCUAACAGUAGACAAAUGUGAUGCAGCUGUGGCACUGCAGUUCGGCAGUGAGGUUGGGAACUAUUCAUGUGCGGCAGAGGGCAUGCAGUCCAGUUCCAAAAAAUCGCUGGAUCUCACUGGGCCUCUACUCCUUGGAGGGGUCCCCAAUCUGCCUGAAAAUUUUCCUGUGGAGCACAGGGAGUUUGUGGGGUGUAUGAAAGAUCUGUAUAUUGACAGUGUACGCAUUGACCUGGCUUCCUACAUUGCAAAUAAUGGCACUUCCACAGGUUGCCAUGCCAAGCACUCCUUCUGUGAUUCAAACCCUUGCAAGAACAGUGGCACCUGCACUGUGGGCUGGUCCACCUUCACCUGUGAGUGCCCGGUAGGCUUUGGAGGCAAGGACUGCAGGCAUGCCAUGCAUCAUCCUCACCAUUUCCGUGGGAACAGCAUCCUUCUCUGGGAUUUCAAGAAUGAGGUGAAGAUCUCCACUCCAUGGUAUAUAGGACUGGCAUUUCGGACACGCCAACUAAAUGGAGUGUUGCUUCAGGUGCAUGCUGGCCAGUAUAUCACCAUACUCUGCCAGCUGGACUCUGGCCUGCUCUCCUUUACGGUGAACAGGGGCUCUGGACGCACCACCAGGCUCCUUCUGGAUCAAAUGCAGCUGAAUGAUGGGAAGUGGCAUGACCUCCAGCUACAGCUGCAGGAUGUUCGCAGUGGCAGAGAGACACGCUACAUCGUCACCCUUAAUCUGGACUUUGGAUUCUACCAGGACACUGUAGUUGUUGGAAAUGAGCUACAUGGCCUGAAAGUGAAGCAUCUCCAUGUUGGAGGAAUCCUAGAGUCUGGUAAAGUGCAUCAUGGUUUGGAGGGCUGCAUCCAGGGAGUGCGCAUAGGUGAUACUCCCAUUGGGUCUGCAUUACCCAAGCCGAGCAGCACUUUGAAUGUGGAGGCAGGAUGUCGUGUGCCCAACCCGUGUGACUCCAAUCCUUGUCCUGCCCACAGCAUAUGCCAAGACAAAUGGCAAAGCUACUCUUGUGUGUGCCAGCCAGGUUACUAUGGUGGGAACUGUGUUGAUGCCUGUCAUCUGAAUCCCUGCAAGAACAAAUCAGUGUGUCGGCGAAAGCCAGGUACCCCCCAUGGCUAUGUCUGUGAGUGUGGAGACAGCCACUUUGGACAGUAUUGUGAGCACAGGAUGGAUCAGCAGUGUCCCAAGGGCUGGUGGGGGAAUCCAACAUGCGGGCCCUGCAACUGCGAUGCGUCCAAGGGAUUUGACCCAGACUGUAAUAAAACCAAUGGGCAAUGCCAUUGUAAGGAAUUCCAUUACCGUCCAAAAGGGAGUGAUACCUGCCUUCCCUGUGACUGCUACCCCAUUGGCUCCUCCUCCCGUUCCUGUGACCAGGAAGUGGGCCAGUGCCACUGCAGGCCGGGUGUGAUUGGCCGACAGUGCAACAGUUGUGAUAGUCCUUUUGCAGAGGUGACGCCCAGUGGCUGCCAGGUGCUCUACGAUGCAUGUCCUAAAUCUCUGAAAGCAGGAGUAUGGUGGCCCCAGACCAAAUUUGGAUUGCCGACAGCAGUGCCUUGCCCCAAAGGUUCAUUGGGUUUGCGGGGUGCAGGUGCAGCAGUUCGCCACUGUGACGAAGAGAGAGGCUGGCUGGAACCUGAUCUCUUCAACUGCACAUCACCUGCCUUCAAAGAGCUGUUGACCCUGCUGGAGGGUCUGGAAAGGAAUGAGACAGAGCUGAACACCAUAGAAGCCAAGAAGCUGGCCCACCGGCUACGGGCAGUGACAGACCAGAUGGAGCGCUACUUUGGUAACGAUGUUCACAUCACGUAUCGCUUGCUGUCCCGCUUGAUGGCCUUUGAGAGCAGACAGCAUGGCUUUGGCCUCACAGCCACCCAAGAUGCCCAUUUCAACGAGAACCUGCUGCAUGCUGGUAGCUCAGUGCUGGCACUAGAGAACCGGGAGCACUGGGACACACUGCUGCAGAAUGAUCAUGGCAGUGCAGGUCUGAUGGAGCAGCUGAGAGAGUACACAAGCACCUUGGCCAGCAACAUGAAACUCACCUACCUCAACCCUGUUGGUGUGGUGACUCCCAAUAUUGUGCUUAGCAUUGAUCGUAUGGAGAACCACACCCACCUCAGGAGACGCUAUCCCCGCUAUCACAGCAGCCUCUUCCGUGGCCAGGUCAUGUGGGACCCACACACCCAUGUCGUGCUUCCCUUCUCAAUACUUACACCCCGCAAAGCUGAAGUCACAGCAGCCCCUAUACCAGUAAGCAGUGAAGCCAAUGACACCAUGGAAAGUCCCCCACUUAAGCACUCGCUGCCGGAACCCGAGCCUGCGGUAACCAUCCUCAUCCUCAUCAUUUACCGCACCCUUGGAGGGCUUCUGCCUGCUCGCUAUCAGAUGGAUCGCCGCAACCUCAGGCUACCCAAAAACCCUGUUAUGAAUUCCCCCAUUCUGAGUGUUUCUGUGUUCAGCAACCACACCUUUCUUCAGAGCACGUUGGACACACCACUGGUGUUAGAAUUCCGCCUGCUUGAGACUGCCAAUCGCAGCAAGCCCCUGUGUGUUCAGUGGAAUCACUCCAGCCAGAUUGAGCCCACUGGUUUCUGGACAGCACGGGAUUGUGAUCUUGUGUACCGAAACACCACACAUGUACGCUGCCACUGCUCCCAGUUUGGCACUUUUGGGGUCCUGAUGGACAGCUCCCACCGUGAGCAGCUCGAGGGCGACCUGGAGACCUUGGCCAUUGUGACCUAUUCCUUAGUGUCUCUCUCCCUUCUCUGCUUGCUGCUGGCCUUCUCCUUCCUGAUGUGCCUGAAAGGACUCAAGUCCAACACCCGGAGCAUCUACUGCAAUAUCUCCGUCACCCUCUUCUUCUCAGAGCUGAUCUUCCUCUUGGGCAUCAAUCACACUGAGAACCAGUUCUUCUGCACGGUGAUUGCCAUCCUACUGCACUAUUUCUUCCUCUCCACUUUUGCUUGGCUCUUUGUGCAAGGCCUUCAUAUUUACCGCAUGCAGACUGAAGCCCGCAACAUCAACUAUGGUGCUAUGAGGUUCUACUAUGCUAUUGGCUGGGGGGUUCCCGCCAUCAUCACUGGAUUAUCUGUUGGCUUGGAUCCAGAGGGCUACGGGAACCCAGAUUUCUGCUGGAUUUCCGUCCAUGACAAACUGAUUUGGAGUUUUGCAGGGCCAAUAGCUGUUGUCAUUGUGAUGAACGGAGUGAUGUUUCUUCUGGUGGCAAAGAUGCUGUGCUCACCAGGCCAGAAGGAAGCCAAGAAGAAAUCUGUCCUCAUGACACUGCGAAGCUCCUUCAUUCUGCUUCUAGUUAUUAGCACUACUUGGCUUUUUGCCCUCUUGGCUGUCAACAACAGUGUCCUGGCUUUCCACUACCUCUACACUAUCCUCUGCAGCCUUCAGGGCUUUGCGGUGCUGGUUCUGUUUUGCAUCCUGAACAAAGAGGUGCAAGAAGCCUGGAAACUGGCCUGUCUUGGCAAGAAAGGUCAGGGAGAAGAAGCCACCAGAAGCAGUCAGGGCCCCAAUGCCUACAACAACACAGCACUCUUUGAGGAGAGCGGCCUCAUCCGUAUCACCCUGGGAGCUUCCACUAUCUCCUCUGUGAGCAGCGUGCGCUCAGCUCGUACCCAUUCCAGCCAGCGGGGAUACCUCAGAGAGAACAUGAUGGCGCAUCAAGGUUCAGCCCUGGAUCACACCUUGCUCAAUCAUGCUGGCCCCACAGACCUUGACGUGGCUAUGUUCCAUCGUGAUGCAGGACCAGAACAAGACUCGGACUCAGACAGCGACCUCUCCCUUGAUGAAGAACGCAGCCUCUCCAUUCCAUCAUCGGAGAGUGAGGAGAAUGUACAGCUCCGGGGCAGGUUCCAGCGCCAGUUCAAAAGGGCAGCGCACAGCGAGAGGCUCCUCACCAACCCUUCCAACACCACACCCAAAGAUGUAGAUGGCAAUGACCUGAUGUCCUAUUGGCCAGCCCUGGGUGAAUGUGAAGUUCAUCCCUGCUCCCUCCAGAAAUGGGGCUCAGAGCGGAAACUUGGAUUUGAUGUCAGUAAGGAUGCUGCCAACAAUAACCAGCCAGACCUGGCCUUGACCAGUGGGGAUGAGAACUCUCUCACCCAGACUCAGCGGCAGAGAAAAGGCAUCCUGAAGAACCGCCUCCAGUACCCUCCAGCUCUGCAAGGCCUGCCGUCAGUGAGCAGAAUGACCAAUGAACUUUCCUGGUACAAAACCUCCACACUGGGCCACAGGGCUGUUCCUGCGGCAUCUUACGGCAGGAUCUACUCUGGUGCAGGCAGCCUCUCGCAGCCAGCCAGCCGUUAUUCUUCCCGGGAGCAACUUGACAUGCUGAUGAGAAGACAGAUGUCCCGAGAACACCUGAGCCGGAAUAACUCUGGCGAGUGCCUGGAAGUUGUAACUAGCAGGCAUGGAUCUCGGGAGCAAUUGAACACCCUUCUCGACAGGCCUGGGUCAAGGGAGCCCUUGGACACUAUCCUUAGUCUGCAUGGGUCUAGAGAGCACCUUGCAAGCAUACCCAGCAGGCAUGGGUCUAGAGAAAAUUUAAGUGAAGUAGUAACUGGACUUGAUCAAAGAGAUCACGGGAACACUCUGCCUAGGAGGCAAGGAUCGAGAGACCAUCUAGAUACUUUACCCUGCAGAUUUGGGUCUCGAGAACAGUUAGACUGUGGUGGGGCAGCAAGAGAGAUCUCCAGAGAAUGGCUAAACACUAUGCCUAUUAGGCAAGCCUCUAGAGAUCGAAUAGACACUCUGCCAAGUCGAGACACUUCUCGAGAACAGCUGGAUCUGCUUUCUAGAAGGCAGCCUUCAAGGGACCAACUAGCAUCAGCUAGACAAACAUCAAGAGAACAGCUGGACUUUUUAUCCAGAAGAUCUGUUUCCAGAGAGCAUCUGGAUAUAGUGCCUAGCAGGCAGGCUUCUCGGGAAAAUCUGGAGCCUCUUUCUAGACAGCAGCCUUCUAGAGAAAAUCUUGAACUCCUCUCCAGAAGGCUUCCUUCUAGAGAAAAUCUAGACACGGUUCCCAGCCGUCACCCCUCCACAGAGCAAUUAGAUAUCCUUUCUUCCAUCCUGGCUUCUUUUAACUCCUCUGUCUUGUCCUCUGUGCAAUCAUCCAGUACUCCCUCAGGCCCACAGACUACACCCACACCUUCUGCGGCACAGACGUCCUCCACGCCCUCCAUGCUGUGCCCUUCACCACCUCGCUCUGCUACAUCACACAGUAUUUCUGAGCUGUCGCCAGACUCGGAAGUAACAAGAAGUGAUGGCCAUUCCUGAAGGACCCGACCGCUGUGAGAACAAAGGAAGAAGCAGGAAUGAUUGCCAGGCCAGAUUCUUCCAGCAGAGGUUUGGGAUAUCUCAGGCGUCUACAAGGAAAGAACUGAGGCUGACUGGAGGUCCAAAUCAACUGUGCCCUCCCCCAGCACUCAGUGGUGGAGAACUUGUGUGGUGAGAGUCAGGCCAGGUACACACGCCUGGCAAUGGAAGAAAGGUGUCUUGGGUACCUCUGUGCCACACUGGCCACUCUCCCUGCUCAAAGGGGCACCCCAAAUGAGAGAGGGGGAGUAAUCAUGCCAUGAGUAAACCCUGUUCAUUACAUAUCAAAAACAGAUCGACUGAAAUCUUCCUUUCCAAAAUAUUUCUAUACUCUGUGCAAACGUGUAAGGGUGGGGUGGCUGCAGUGGGAGGGUCAGGGAAGGGUUUUAUACAUUUUUGUAUCUUUGUAAUCAGAGAGAAGAGAAAUUUCUAUGAUUAUUUUUACGGCUCUUCUGUUCCCAUUGCCAUGAUACUGAUUUCAUUUGUCUUGGCAGUGACACUUCUGACCUGUGGCAUAAUGCUAUGCAGACUUAUUCCCAUAGGGCUCCAUGGAGGGGCUCCGGGCAAAAGGAUGGAGUGACACAUAUUUUGCAGACUCUCAUGAGGCUGCCCCUUAGGCAGUAUCCUGUUAUGUGUCUGUCUUACAUUCUCAUCGUGGUGGCAGUGAUAAGUGGCAGCCAUCUUGCUGGGGAAGAGGUAGAACUCAACCCAUUCUCCACCAACUCAAGCCACCAAACCCAUAACAGGGUCCUGGAAUCCCAUUUACUUUGCUAAUACUCCCACACUAUCUCAGCUGGGGCCCUUGAUGCAGCAGCUCUGUGAAUGCUUUGUUAUGCUGACACACCUUAUUGUUGCCAUUUUGGAGUCUCCCGAUGACAUAUUCUUACAUAUAUGCACACACACACACACACACACACACACACACACACACUUCUCAUGUUCUGCAGCCAGCAUGGUUGUUGGGAGUUGUCCAUCAUGUUAGCUGGACUGAGAUUUAGAUUUCUACUAAAAUGAGCCCCUGAAACUCAUAUGUAUAAACUUGGCUUUAUCGGAGCACCUGCCUUGGCACUCAGUGCUGUUGCGGAGUAUAUAAGAAACUUAGUUUCAAUUCUGCUUUAAGAAGAUUUUCUUCUUUCCUGCUACCAUUGUGCUUUGUCCUUGGCACUUCUAGGCUAAUAUAAUUACAUAGGUAGCUACUAGGCCUGUGCAAAUUUGAAUUCAAAAAUUUGGAUUUUAUCCAAAAUUGUGCAAAAUCAGUAAAAAUCGGUAAAAUCCAAAUCUGCCUCCCCCACUGAAAAUCAGAUCAGUAAAGAAAUAUCAAAAUUAAUUUCAGAAAUACUUCAGAAUUUUGGAAUUCGCAAAAUGGCACCCGCAAUGCAUUUUCUUGGGAUUGUAACCCAGGGUUCAGUAAAGUGACUAAAAUCAUGUUCUUUAGUGCAUUUUUCAUGGUUUUUUAGGUGGGGAGGAGAAGUUUGAGAAAAAUGCAACAUUUUAAAAAUUAAAUUAUUUUAGCUUGUGUUUCUUUAAAUAUAAAAAGAGAUCUGCUGGGAGUGGUUUUGGAAGGAGAGGACUCUUGAGUUAAAGAGGGCAGUGGCUAAUCAAGCAUUUAAUCAAAUGGCCUCAUGCUAGACUGUGCAAAAUCAGUUUUAAAAAAUCUGACUUUUCCAAUCUGACAUUGACUUUCCAAUACCAGAUCGGAAAUAUCCAAUAUGAUGUUGGAUUGUCGAGAUUUAUGUCAGGAGUGAUGUUGGAUCAGAAAUGUUGGAAUUCAUCCAAAAUUUGCAAAAUCGGUUUUAAAAAAAAACCCCUGACAUUUCCAGUCCAACAUUGACUUUCUGAUACUGGAUUGAAAAUAUCCAAAAUGAUGUCAGAAAGUCACAAUUCAUGUUGGGAGGUCAGAAGUACAAAAUGGCAGAAAGUGUGAUUUUAAAACCUUCAAAAAAAAUAGGAUCCCCUCCCCAUAGAGGUGAAUGGGGAAAUUUUAAAAAAUUCACUAAAAAUUACCAGUUGGUCCUAGAGCCUUGAAACCUGCCACACAUGGGGAAGGUGGUCAGGGCUCCCUGUAGAGAAUUUGAAGAGAUUUGGACAAUUCCCUGAUUUUUGGUGAUUUUUUAAAAAAAAAUCUGAAACAAAAUGGCUAAAAAUUGUGAAAUCUGACUUCUUUCAAACCAGAACUUUAAAGAAAAUUCUGAAACUGAAGACCCUCUUUGGCCCAUUAUUCCACCAGUAUAUGGAGGAAUCUACCCCUUGCCUUCAUGAAAAGGAGUGACAGCAUGCUCUUUUUGCCCCCCAUUUAUAUCUUCUGAAUGGAUGGGUAUACAAUUAUGAAAUGUGGCAAAUGUCCACAUUGGCAGAAGCACACUAUUGGUAAAAGUAAAAGUACUUUGAAUGUUUCUCUUUUUGUGGUUAGAAAGAAUUUCUCACUUCCCCUUCUAGCCAUUAAGGGAGUAAAAGCUGUGAAGUCCCUUUUAAGAGGUCUUCCUGUUCCUGCAAUGGGGAAGAAAAAAAAUAUUAUAAAAUCAAGGGAAUGUACUUUUUCCUCCAUAUGAGGGUGGAAUGAUGGCCCAAGGAGGGGAUUAAGAUCCAGAACAUUUUGUAAAGUUCUGGCCAAAACAAGCCAGAUUUCACAAUUUUUAGCCUUCCCCCCCCAAAAAAAAUUCACUAAAAAUCAGAGGAGUAAUAGCUUUGCAAAACAACAACACAGAUUCCUGCCAAUGUGGAAUGCUGGUCCAAGGAGGGUCUUCAGUUUCAGUAGUUUUUGUAAUGUUCUGUCUUGAAUCAAGCCAGAUUUCACUCUUUUUAGCCGUUUUAACAAAAUUUUCAAAAAUUAACCCAAAAUCAGGGAAUUGACCAACUCUCUUCAAAUUCACUUCAGGGGCCCAGACCUCCUUCUCCACAUGUGGUAGGUUUCAAGGCUGUAGGAUCAACCGGUGAUUUUUUUUUUAGUUCCCCAUUGACCACUAUGCGGUGGGGGGCAGGAUUUAAGUCAGAAUUCAGAUUCCGAAUCUAAUCUAAAAUCCUUCAUCAUGAGAGCCCAUAGAAUCUGAAUCUGACAUUGUCAAAGUCAGAUCAGGUCAGAUUCAAAUCCAAAUUUUCUGAAUGCACACAGGCCUAGUAGCUACCUUUUACCACGUCAGGCACUUGGUCCAUUUAUCUCAGUAUUGUCUACACUGACUGACAAUAGUUCCCCAGAUUUUCAAAUGGGUCUUUCCCUGCCCUAACUGGAAAUGCCAUGGAUUGAAUUUGAAACCUUCAGCAUGCGAAGUUUGUGUUCUACCAGUAAGCUACAGUGCCCAUCUCAUUCUGGGUGGACGUGCACUGUAUGUAACCCAACACCACUGAAACUAAGACUCCCUGCUUUUCCCUGACAGGCCUGUUGAAUGAAUGGAUGAAUCUUUAUUUUGAUCACAGACCGGAGAAAGGAAGAAAGACUAAAUGAUAUGUACAUACUACUGAUCAUGCAGUUUAGGUAUAAUAACAACACAAAGUAUAAUAACAAACAUUCCAAUCAACUUAUCUUCUGUCAAACGUUCCCUGCUGUAAAACAAAACUUUGCUACAUUUAAAGAUAACAUAUCUAUAUGAGAUAAAAGAUAACUUACAUAAAUCUUAUCAGAACAGCCUGGUGGCAAGUAUGUUGUGUUUAACAGGUAUAUGAUAAGAAGAAAUUCAGCAGGACAAGGUUUCCCCAUCAUUGCAUCUCCCUGGUGAAUUGCAGGACUGUCAAGAGCGGGUACAGGCCCCAGUGGAAAAAACUUUUCAGGCCCCUUCUGCAAGGCACCCCCACCGCCAUGAGGCCGAACCGCUGAUCUUUAAAAUAAUUCUAGCAGCCAUGUGCGCAGCCAGCGGGGUGGGAGGUGAGCCGAGCACCCUCCUGUGGCAGCGCUCUAUUCAAACUGUGCAGGCGUGCUGGAAUGCCUCGCAGUUCUCAAGGGCCACUGGUCUGGAUGGUCAGGCUCAGUGGCCGCUCCCACUCUGCCCGCUGCCGCCACCAUGGGAGGGGGGUCACCCCCCACAUGGUGGCUAGAAUUAUUUUAAAGAUCGGCGGUUCAGCAUUGCGGUGCGACAGGUGUGAGAUGAGGUGGCGGCAGGAGGCAAGACAAAAACAUAUGCAACAUAGUUAGGCUCCAGGCCCCCUUCCAGUUCUCUGGGCCCCGGUGAUUUGUAUGGCUCCCUCCCCCAUCAGCCCUGGUGAAUUGUUGUAUGUCACAUAGCUUUCAAAGGCUUAGGAGACCUGCCCGGGGAGGGCAGGGGGAAGCUAGCCACCCUAGUUAAAGGUGAAAUAAUGGCUGAAGAAUUCUCCUUCGUUUGCUAUUUUAAGUGCCCUUCUCUUGAAAAAGUGUGCAGGGUUUCAAAAAAAAUUCCAUACCAAAAAUCUCUUAAAACAUGAUUUUCAAAAGGUAUGUAAACUGUUACCACUCCCAAGACAGUAUGGCAUUAUUUGACAUGUUUGUGAUAUUGUACUACCAAUGUCACUCCCAAGUGUUUAGGUUUUCAUUUACUCAUGUGAUUUUCCAGUAGCAGAAUCCCAAGCAUAUACAGGAGAGGCCUCUGACUCACUGCAACCACCCCCACCUCCUGGUACCUCUCUUAAGUCAUUGCCCAGGGCUUCCAUUGGCUCCUGCCACUCAUCACUUGGAAAGGCAUUGCAAGCCAUUACAAAUCUGCCAUGAGCACUUCUUUGAGUGACAAAGAUCUGCAGCUGUCAGGCUGGAAACUGAUGUGGGUCUUUAAAAAAACCUUGGAAUAUUGGCUGCAGGGUAUAGUCCAGUGUGUUUAUUGGAUGGAUGUAAAGCUUUCUCUCCUGCCCUUCAAUAUUCCUGUUUUCAGGGUGCCUAUAUUUUCUAUUCCCAGUUAAACUCACAGCUAGUCCUAGAGCACAUACACAUAUAAACCACACUCAUCCACACUCUCGCACUCUCUCUGGGUGCAAUUUGGUGAAAGAUAGUCACAACUAAGUCACAUGAAAAUCAAUUGUCCUUCAAUAGGCGACUGUGCACUUGAGCCCUGUUGAUUUCAAAUUGACCUAGCCGUGACUCACUGUUACUCACUAUUUCACAGUAAACUGCUCCCGAUUCCCUAGACAGUAAGCGCUCACAUACACACACACUUGUCUAACUCUAAACCAAAUGCAUUUUCAAGACUCUUUUAAAACAAAACAAAACUCCGGAAUAAACUCUCAAUAGCCUCUGUUUUUCCCCCAAAUAGGGAGAUAUGACAUUUUGCAGUUGAAGUCAGCUUGACUCAUUAAUCUUUUUGACUUCAGGGAACAGAAUAAAUUACUCACAUCACAGCACUCCUGGCACUUGUGUUCAUUAGAACUUAAAUAAAAAGAUGAGAUACUUGAAAAAUAGCAACUACCUACAAUUUAAAUUUGUGUUUCUUUUUUUCUACCCAAAUGCUCAUUUCUGCUGCAUCAAGGGAAUGCUACAGCUUUGUUAACUCUCAAGAGAACAAAGUUAACUCUUGGCCUUCAUUACCCAACUGGUUUGUUGUUGAUUUUAACUGUUUUUAGCAAUGGUGGCAUACCACUAAAAUCCAGUUGGAAGUGUACAUGCAUCCAAGCACAACAGCUAAUAGCAGUAGUGGUGCAUGGCAAAGUGUGAGGCAUUGGUAUUAAAAGACUAAGGCUGUGUACAUAAUCAAAUACCGCUGGUGUUCUUGCCCCCUUUAGCAUGCACUCUUGUAAUGGAGGGUGUCCACAAUCAGUGCCUCGGAUUAUCAUUGGUGAUAUAUCGCUGAUGGCAAUCUUAUUGCUUCAUGUAUCCAGUGGAAUUGGCUCUUCUGAUUUACAUCCCUGGAAGCAAAACAUGAGCAUAAACAUGAUGAGGAUGCAACAUUAUUGCUGUUUCUAUUCCAGUCUGCUGGGUUGUAUAAUCUUGCAUAUAAGGCCCUUGGUCAUGAAAGACAGCGACUUGCUUUUGAAAACUUUUCAUCCCCUUGCCCUUCUUCGAUCAGUCAGAAUUGAUGCAAACAUCUAUAAGAACCAUCUUUUCAUGGCAGCGUAUUACGUUAGAAUAUGCAUUAAGAAUUGCCUAAUUACAAGUACUAGUCCGGAUUCUAAUCUUCCUGAAUGUGGAAAAAUGAGCAGGCCAGGAAGAAAGCACCCUUCCCUGUGCUGUGUUUUGACAUUCAGGGAGAUUUUGAUGAAGUAGCUUUCAGCCAAGCAAUCUCCCAAGUGCGUUUGGAGGCGGCACAGUCCUCUGCACAUUUGUAUAGGCUGUCAAUUCCAGCUGUGGAGAUAACUGUGCUUACUUGGGCAAUGGUCAGUCCUGUGGUGCUGUAAGAUCUAUCUCCAAGCUCAGGCUCCUUGUGUGUUUGUGUCUCUUGCUCACGUACAGCAGUGACAAUGCUCCAUUUACUGCCUUAUUACCAGAGAACACUGUAGCUUAAUUGUUAAACAAAACUGACAAUGUUUACACUGGGGAGUGCUUUUCCCUGCAAGUGUCAAACGGUGGGUGGCAGUUGGUUUGCAGCCUCCCCUUCCACGGCUCAGAUCAGAAGUCCUUCCAUUGGUCCAAUUGAACUGGAGAAGGUUUUAAUCAUUCUCCACGACAUUCCAUAAUGUGGAGCUCUGGAAGGAAAGCAUUUCGUUUUUACACUUGAUACCUGAGCAAAGGUGGGGCUGCUUUAGCCUUUUGACCCACAUCCUCCCAAAUGAGGAAGGAACUGUAGAAGUGGAGGACGCCAUUAUGUGCCAAACCCAGAAAGGGUGGUCAUCUACCUCUGCUGCCAGACAGGGGGUGAAAUAUUAAAGUCCCUCCGAGGCAGAAGAUGGGAAACUGGACCAAACAAAAUUAAGCAGAAUGUCUUUGUUUACAGUAGUCAAGCUAGGAGAUAAGAAGGCUGAGAAGCAAGCACAGGCCAAGGCAUGAUUUUGUGCACAGAAUGUGAAACAAAACCACUUUCUCAUCUGAAAAUAAAGAUUUCCCCAAAUGUUGUGAAUGCAAAAUGUCCUUUAUGUGCUCAUCAUCCCUGAGUGUUACUUAUUGGGCUCCAGGAAAGAGCUUGUUUACACUAUUUUUUCAAUAUGUGUGUUUGUGUAUGUGGUGUGUAAUUUUUAAUACAUAUACACACAUACACAUGUACACACACCAGGAUCUAGAGUUUCUAUUUGUAACACUGAUUUCUGGAAAGAUUGUCUCCUAAUUUAUUCCCUACUUUCUUUGGAUACCGUUUGUACUUGCCACUCUCUUUGUGAUUCAGUGGAUGUCUGUGGUAUUUAUUAAUCACCAAAAAGCUGGUUGGUUGGUUCUUUUUAAUAAGCUGAUUUAUAUUGGAACUGCACUUUUUUUUCCUCCUGGAAGGGCUUAAUUGGAUGAGUGGUUUCUUUUUCUUGUGGGUUUGGUUCAUUAUGGAAGAAGAAGAAGUUCUAUCAAAAGAAACCCCCAUUGCACACGCAUACCUAUGUCAACAUUGUUGAAGAUGGGAUAUUGCUUAUAAGGAGGAUCCCAGAACCUCUUAUUAUUAACUCUGAUGAUUGUCAGCUGGUGGAACACUGAUGCCCUCCAUCUUCCCACCCACCCCCCAAAUUUUUGUUGAUCUUCCUGGUGAAUGUGGACAAGUCCUUAAUAACACUUAACCUGUUUGUAAGUUUGGGGAAGGAGGCAGGUGCCAUGCCCAGAUGUAUCCCUUCUGUCUGACAGGUUUGUAUCCCUUGUGGAUAAGGGAAGGAUCCACAGAAUCCCUGAAUUCUUAGCUAGCAAUGUGUGCCAAAAAAGAGAAAGGCAUUGAGCAAUGGGCUGAAGUGUCAGCCUCUCUCUUCCUGGUGUCUGCUGUAUCACUGCUGACAGCCGGCACUCUUAGCGCUGCCUUGAGGCUCAGAAUGUUCCUGGGAAGGGGCAUCCCCUGUCUCUUUCCUGGGAGAUGUAGUUAGCGUGCAAAUCUGCGAAACGGUUCUUCGAUUGUACAUGUGGUGGCCUAGGGGUUGGUUAAUUAUAUUUUUUGUCCCUUCCCCCCUUGGUUUGUUGGCAAGGGACACAGAGGUCCAUGGACUUCCUCCCUAGCCAUGUAAAAUUGUACCAUGAAAGCAACAGUUUUGGAAAUAAAAUAUAAAACACAUGGUUGCA